GGUAGUGAACCAGGCGGGGGCGAGGUGGUCCCGAUAGCGCUGUGGCCGGCGCCGUGCCAAGAGCAGUCUGGAGCUGCGGGACAGGUGGCCCGCGGUGCCGGGCGUUGGCUGUUUGCCCCGCCCCCGCCCCAGGCGUGGACCCAGCCGUGGGACAGGAACAGCCUGCACUCGCGCCAGAGAAUAUUUGUGCAGGCGCCGCAGGAACGCGCUCCGCGGACGACGAGCUCCGGGGACGCACAGGCAGCGGGCCUCCCCUCGCGGGUGCCGGGGUCUGCCCCCAUGCGGAGCCCCUCCUGGUCGCGGCCUCGGCCGCCGACGCCGCCGCUGCUGCCGCUGCUGCUGCUGCUUCUGCUGCCGCUGUCGCCUUGGCCUGUCUGGGCCCAGGUGUCGGCCACGGCCUCGCCCUCCGGGUCCCCAGGCGCCCGCGACUGCCCCGAGGGGUGCACGUGCGAGCCGGGCGGCCUGGCCACCUGCUCUGCACUCGCGCUGCCCGCCGUGCCCGCGGGCCUGAGCCUGCGCCUCCGCGAGCUGCUGCUGGACCACAACCACCUCCGCGCGCUGCCGCCCGGUGCCUUCGCAGGAGCUGGCGCGCUGCAGCGCCUGGACCUGCGCGAGAACGGGCUGCACUCGGUGCACGUGCGAGCCUUCUGGGGCCUGGGCGCGCUGCAGCUGCUGGACCUGAGCGCCAACCAGUUGGAAGCGCUGGCACCCGGGACCUUCGCGCCGCUGCGCGCGCUGCGCACCCUCUCUCUGGCCGGCAACCGGCUGGCGCGCCUGGAGCCCGCGGCGCUGGGCGCGCUCCCGCUGCUGCGCUCACUCAGCCUGCAGGACAACGCGCUGGCGGCACUUGCGCCGGGGCUGCUGGCCCGCCUGCCCGCCCUAGACGCGCUGCACCUGCACGGCAACCCCUGGGCCUGCGGCUGCGCGCUGCGCCCGCUGUGCGCCUGGCUGCGCCGGCACCCGCUGCCCACGUCAGAGGCCGAGGCGGCGCAAUGCGUGUGGCCGGGACGCCUGACGCUCAGCCCGCUGACCGCCUUCCCCGACGCCGCCUUCCGCCGCUGCGCGCAGCCGCUCGCCCUGCGGGACCUGGCGGUGGUCUACGCGCUCGGGCCGGCCUCCUUCCUCGCCAGCGUGGCCGCCUGCCUGGCGCUGGGCUGCGUGCUCACCGUCUGCAGCGCACGCCGCCGCCGCCGCGCCGCUGCCCUCCGCCGGCCGAGGAGACCGCGGGACCCGGACUCCGAUCCCGACCCCCACUGCUCGGUCUCGCCCGCGGACCCGGGGAUCCCCGCCGCCGCCCGAGCCUGAGCAGCCGGGGCCGCCUGGCGCGCCGGAAGCUUCUUCCCCAACGCCUUUGCCCUCCCUUUAGCCUCUGUCGGAGUCAACAAGCGACACAGACCGAAA